GUCCUGCUCGUCCGGGCGGACGCCGGGCUCCCUGCUGGCCCGGAGGAGAGCGAGGGGCGAGCGGGGCCCGCAGCGGGCGGGGGCCGCCAUGAACCGGGCCAAACCCGCCGCCGUGCGCAGGCCGAGCGCCGCCGCCAAGCCGUCAGGACACCCUCCGCCUGGAGACUUCAUCGCCCUGGGCUCCAAGGGUCAGGCCAGCGAGUCCAAGAGCACGUCCCUGCUGAAGCCGGCGCCCUCGGGCCUGCCGUCGGAGCGCAAGCGGGAUGCCGCGGCCGCGCUGUCCGGCGCAUCGGCGCUCACGGGCCUCACCAAGCGCCCCAAGCUCUCCUCCACGCCGCCACUCAGCGCCUUGGGCCGCCUGGCCGAGGCCGCCGUGGCCGAGAAACGCGCCAUCUCCCCAUCCAUCAAGGAGCCGUCGGUGCUGCCCAUCGAAGUGCUGCCCACGGUGCUGCUGGAUGAGAUCGAAGCCGCCGAGCUGGAGGGCAAUGAUGACCGCGUGGAGGGCGUGCUGUGCGGGGCGGUGAAGCAGCUGAAGGUCACGCGGACCAAGCCCGACAGCACGUUGUACCUCAGCCUCAUGUACUUGGCCAAGAUUAAGCCGAACAUCUUCGCCACGGAGGGCGUUAUUGAGGCCCUGUGCAGCCUCCUGCGGAGGGAUGCCUCCAUCAACUUCAAGGCCAAGGGCAACAGCCUGGUGUCUGUGCUGGCUUGCAACCUGCUCAUGGCUGCCUACGAAGAGGAUGAGAAUUGGCCCGAGACGUUUGUCAAGGUUUACAUUGAGGACUCGCUGGGGGAGCGCAUCUGGGUGGACAGCCCGCACUGCCGCAUGUUCGUGGACAAUAUCCAGACGGCCUUUGGCACCAAGAUGCCCCCCAAGAGUGUGCUGCUGCAGGGCGAGGGGGCGCGUGGCGGAGGGGACCCUGGAGCAGGGAGCAGCCCGCACCCCUCGCUGGCUGAAGAAGAGGAGGGCCAGACGGAGCUGCUGGUGGCCGAGGAGAAGCUGAGCCCAGAGCAGGAGGGCCAGCUCAUGCCCAGGCCUAGGUACGAGGAGCUGGCGGAGAGCGUGGAGGAGUAUGUACUGGACGUGCUGCGUGACCAGCUCAACCGACGGCAGCCCAUCGACAGCGUCUCCCGGAACCUGCUGCGGCUGCUCACCUCCACCUGCGGCUACAAGGAGGUGCGCCUCAUGGCCGUGCAGAAGCUCGAGAUGUGGCUGCAGAACCCCAAGCUGACCAGGCCCGCGCAGGACCUGCUGAUGUCCGUGUGCAUGAACUGCACCACGCACGGCCCCGAGGACACUGACGUCAUCUCCCACCUCAUCAAAAUCCGCCUCAAGCCCAAGGUCCUCCUGAACCACUACAUGCUGUGUGUUAGGGAGCUGUUGGCUGCACACAAGGACAACCUGGGCACCACCAUCAAGUUUGUGAUCUUCAACGAGCUUUCCAACGCCCGGAACCCCAACAACAUGCAGACCCUGUACACGGUGCUGCAGCACAGCUCGGAGCUGGCACCCAAGUUCCUAGCCAUGGUCUUCCAGGACCUGCUGACCAGCAAGGACGACUACCUGCGGGCGUCGCGGGCGCUGCUGCGGGAGAUCGUGAAGCAGACGAAGCACGAGGUCAACUUCCAGGCCUUCUGCCUGGGGCUCAUGCAGGAGCGCAGGGAGCCGCAGCACCUCGACAUGGAGUUCAAGGAGCGGUUUGUGGUCCACAUCACAGACGUGCUUGCCGUGUCCAUGAUGCUGGGCAUCACGGCGCAGGUGAAGGAGGCUGGCGUCGCCUGGGACAAAGGAGAGAAGAGGAACCUCGAGGUGCUGCGCUCCUUCCAGAACCAGAUCGCAGCCAUCCAGCGGGAUGCCGUCUGGUGGCUCCACACCGUCGUUCCCUCCAUCAGCAAGCUCGCCCCCAAGGACUACGUGCACUGCCUACACAAGGUGCUCUUCACUGAACAGCCCGAGACCUAUUACAAGUGGGACAACUGGCCACCUGAGAGUGACCGCAACUUCUUCCUGCGCCUGUGCUCUGAGGUGCCCAUCCUGGAGGACACGCUCAUGCGCAUCCUGGUCAUCGGGCUGUCCCGGGAGCUCCCACUCGGCCCUGCGGACGCCAUGGAGCUGGCCGACCACCUGGUGAAGCGAGCCGCGGCUGUGCAGGCCGAUGAUGUGGAAGUGCUGAAGGUGGAGAGGGUCCAGCUGAUCGACGCCGUGCUGAACCUGUGCACGUACCACCACCCCGAGAACAUCCAGCUCCCGCCCGGGUACCAGCCCCCGAACCUCGCCAUCUCUACCCUGUACUGGAAGGCCUGGCCCCUGCUGCUGGUGGUCGCUGCCUUCAACCCUGAAAAUAUUGGCCUAGCCGCCUGGGAGGAGUACCCCACCCUCAAGAUGCUCAUGGAAAUGGUGAUGACUAACAAUUACUCGUACCCGCCGUGCACCCUGACGGACGAGGAGACCCGCGCAGAGAUGGUGAGCCGGGAGCUGCAGCUCUCCCAGCGUGAGAAGCAGGAGAUCCUGGCCUUCGAGGGCCACCUGGCCGCCGCGUCCACCAAGCAGACCAUCACGGAGAGCAGCAGCCUGCUGCUAUCACAGCUCACCAGCCUGGACCCCCAGGGUCCCCCCCGGAGGCCACCUCCCCACAUCCUGGAGCAAGUAAAAGGCCUCAACCAGUCCCUCCGCCUGGGGCACCUGCUCUGUCGGAGCCGCAACCCUGACUUCCUCCUAGAUAUCAUCCAGAGACAGGCCUCUUCGCAGUCCAUGCCCUGGCUCGCCGACCUGGUACAGUCCAUCGAGGGCUCCCUGGACGUGCUGCCUGUGCAGUGCCUGUGCGAGUUCCUGCUGCAUGAUGCUGCUGACGACGCUGCCUCAUGCGAGGAGGAGGAGGAGGGCGAGAGCAAAGAACAGAAGGCCAGGAGGCGGCAGAGGCAGCAGAAGCAGCGGCAGCUGCUGGGCCGCCUGCAGGACCUGCUGCUAGGCCCCAAGGCCGACGAGCAGACCACGUGUGAGGUGCUCGACUACUUCCUGCGGCGCCUCAGCUCCUCCCAGGUGGCCUCCCGGGUGCUGGCCAUGAAGGGCUUGUCGCUGGUGCUGUCGGAGGGCAGCCUGCGGGACGGCGAGGACCGGGAGCAGCCCCCCGAGGAAGAGCUGGGGGGUGCGGACGUGCUGCAAGGCUACCAGUGGCUGCUGCGGGACCUGCCGCGGCUGCCCCUGUUCGACAGCGUCAGGACCACCACCACCCUUGCACUGCAGCAGGCCAUCCACAUGGAGACGGACCCGCAGACCAUCAGCGCCUACCUGGUCUACCUGUCGCAGCACACGCCUGUGGAGGAGCAGGGCCCACAUAGCGACCUGGCCCUGGACGUGGCCCGGCUGGUUGUGGAACGCUCCACCAUCAUGUCCCACCUCUUUGCCAAGCUCUCCUGCAGCAGCACGUCCGACGCGGUGCUGAGCGCUCUGCUCUCCAUCUUCUCCCGCUACGUGCAGCGCAUGCGCAAGAGCAAGGAGGGCGAGGAAGUCUAUAGCUGGUCCGAGUCCCAGGACCAGGUGUUCCUGCGCUGGAGCAGUGGGGAGACGGCCACCAUGCACAUCCUUGUGGUUCACGCCAUGGUCAUCCUUUUGACGCUCGGCCCCCCCCGCACUGGAGACGAGGAGUUCCAGGCCCUGUUGGGCAUCUGGUUUCCAGAGAAGCAGCCCCUGCCCACGGCCUUCCUGGUGGACACGUCCGAAGAGGCCCUGCUGCUGCCCGACUGGCUGAAGCUGCGCAUGAUCCGCUCGGAAGUCCCUCGCCUGCUGGAUGCAGCCCUGCAGGACCUGGAGCCCCAGCAGCUGCUGCUGUUUGUCCAGUCCUUUGGCAUCCCUGUGUCCAGCAUGAGCAAGCUGCUGCAGUCCCUGGACCAGGCGGUGGCCCACGACCCCCAGACGCUGGAGCAGAGCAUUGUGGACAAGAAUUACAUGGCCCACCUGGUCGAGGUUCAGCACGAGCGAGGUGCUUCCGGUGGCCAGACGUUCCACUCCCUGCUCACGGCCUCCCUGCCCGCCCGCCGAGACAGCAUGGAGGCAUCAAAGCCCAGGAACAGCCCCGAGCAGCCUGCGGGCCAGGGGAGGGUCUGGGCCGGGACGCAGGUGCGGGUGCUCGGCCCCGAGGACGACCUGGCCGGCAUGCUCCUGCAGGUCUUCCCGCUGAGCCCUGAUGCACGCUGGCAGAACUCCAGCCCCCGGCCCCUGGCCCUGGCACUGCAGCAGGCCCUGGGCCGGGAGCUGGCCCGCGUUCGCCAGGGGAACCCUGAGGUGCCAGGCGUCACAGUGCACCUCCUGCAGGCGCUGGCUACGCUGCUGAGCUCGCCGCAUGCCGGCGCCCUGGCCAUGGCCAUGCACCGCAGCCACUUCCUGUCCUGCCCACUGCUGCGCCAGCUCUACCAGUACCAGCGCUGUGUGCCCCAGGACACUGGCUUCUCCUCACUCCUCCUCAAAGUGCUGCUGCAGCUGCUGCAGUGGCUGGAGGGCCCAGCUGCCGAGGAUGGGCCCUUCCGGGCCCAGCUCAAGCAGCUCACCGCCCACUUCUCUGCAGGACACAGGAUCAGCGAUGUGCGCAGUGGGCUGCUGCACCUGGCCGAGACCCUGACCUUCCGGCGGGACCUGGAGGUGGUAGGCCCCACUGUGCGGGCUGUCAUCGCUGCUCUUCAGGCUGGGGGGCAGCGCAGCGUGGAGCCUGAGCUCGUCAGCAAAGUGCUACGAGGCCUCAUUGAGGUGAGGUCCCCCCACCUGGAGGAGCUGCUGACGGCUCUGUUCUCGGCCAGCACGGAUGCCGCCGCCCCCCUGGUGGCCACCAAGCCCGUGGCGGUGGUGAGCUCCCUGUUGCUGCAGGAGGGGGAGCUGCCCGCCAUGUGCCAACAGGACGCCGAUGGCGGCAGCCCGGAGCCCAUGCGCCUGGGCCCCUCGUCAGGGCUGUUGGUGGACUGGCUGGAGAUGCUGGACCCUGAGGUGGUCAGCAGCUGCCCUGACCUACAGCUGAAGCUGCUCUUCUCCCAGAGGAAGGGCAAAGGCCUCGCGGGCGUCCAGGUGCCAUCCUUCCGCCCCUACCUCCUGGCCCUCUUCACGCACCAGUCCAGCUGGCCCACGCUGCACCAGUGCGUCCGCGUCCUGCUGGGCAGCAGCCAGGAGCAGAGGUUUGACCCCUCUGCCUCGCUGGACUUUCUCUGGGCCUGCAUCCACGUCCCACGGAUCUGGCAGGGUCGGGACCAGCGCACCCCACAGAAGCGGCGGGAGGAGCUGGUGCUCCGGGUCCAGGCAGCAGAGCUCCUCAGCCUGGUGGAGCUGAUCCUGGCGGAGGCUGAGGCAAGGAGCCAGGACGGGGAUGCGGCCGCCUGCUCCCUUCUGCAGGCCAGGCUGCCGCUGCUGCUCAGCUGCUGCCGAGGACAUGCUGAGGGUGUCCGGAAAGUGACGGAGCACCUGACGGACUGCAUCCAGCAGUGGGGGGACAGCACGAUGGGCAGGCGCUGCCAAGACCUGCUCCUGCAGCUCUACUUGCAGAGGCCGGAGCUCCGGGGGCCUGUGCCCGACGUCCCGCUGUGUGGCGAGGGGGCCGCUGGCAGCAGCGUAUGCAAGCUGGACGGACUCAUUCACCGUUUCAUCACACUCCUGGCGGACACCAGCGACUCCCGGGCGUCUGAGAACCGAGUGGCUGAUGCCAACAUGGCCUGCAGGAAGCUGGCAGUGGCCCACCCCAUCCUGCUGCUUAGGCACCUGCCCAUGAUUGCUGCGCUCCUGCAUGGCCGCACGCACCUCAACUUCCAGGAGUUCCGGCAGCAGAACCACCUGACCUUCUUCCUGCACGUGCUGGGCGUGCUGGGGCUGCUGCAGCCCCAGGUGUUCCGCAGCGAGCACCAGGGGGCGCUCUGGGACUGCCUGCUCUCCUUCAUCCGUCUGCUCCUGAACUACCGGAAGUCGUCCCGUCACCUGGCCCCCUUCAUCAGCAAGUUUGUGCAGCUCAUCCACAGGUACCUGACAUGCAACGCGCCCGCCGCGGUGUCCUUCCUGCAGCAGCACGCCGACCCGCUCCACGACCUGUCCUUCGAGAACAGUGACCUGGCCAUGCUCAAGUCGCUCCUGGCGGGGCUCAGCCCCCCCAGCACAGAUGGCCGAUCCGCCCGUGGCCUGGACGAGGAGGGCGAGGAUGAGCGCUCAGCCAGCUCACUGCCCCUGGUCAGCGUCUCCCUGUCCACUCCACUGACCGCAGCCGACAUGGCGCCCUACAUGAAGAGGCUGUCGCGUGGCCAGACGGUGGAGGACCUCCUGGAGGUGCUGAGUGACGUGGAGGAGAUGUCCCGGCGGAGGCCCGAGAUCCUUGGCUUCUUCUCGACCAACCUGCAGCGGCUGAUGAGCUCGGCUGAGGAGUCCUGCCGUGACCUGGCCUUCAGCCUGGCCCUGCGCUCCAUCCAGACCAACCCCAGCAUCGCAGCCGACUUCCUGCCCACGGUCAUGUGCUGCCUGGGGAGCCGGGACCUGGAGGUGGUGCAGACGGCUCUCCGAAACCUGCCUGAGUACACGCUCCUCUGCCAAGAACAUGCGGCCGUAUUGCUGCACCGUGCCUUCCUGGUGGGCAUGUACGGACAGAUGGACACCAGCCCCCAGAUCUCCGAGGCCCUCAGGAUCUUGCACAUGGAGGCCGUCAUGUGACCGUGCGUGCUCAUGUGCCCUGGGCGUGUGCUGAAUGAAGCAUUGAGUCCUG